AUGAAUACAGAAAGCCGAUCAAGAGACGGGCGCGGUUCACUCCCAACGCCGUCUCCACCGGCGUCGAAACAACGAAGUCUACCCAAUUCGGCAAGGUCUACACCAUCACCUCCUCAGCAUGAGUUCCGGCGGGUAUUUGAUUCGAGGGCAUCAAUUGUUCUCAUUGGAAUGCAUGGAACAGGAAAAGCGACAUUGGCCAUGAUGGCAUCUGUAACCUGUCAAAAAAGAGUUAUCGACAUGGAAAGCGUCUUUCAUUCUGCCACCGGCUUUUCAACAACAGCAUAUCGGAAACAAUACGGAUCCUCAAAUCGCAGCCUUCGCCAGGAAGAGAUACUUCGCGAUGUACUUCAUAAUCACAGCAAAGGCGCCAUCAUUGUUUGUAAUGGAAGCUUUCCGUUGGACAACAACACCCAGUCUCUAUUACGCGAAUUCUCAGCAUCGCACCCUGUCAUUCACAUCACACGGGACACCCGCAGCAUACGUGAAUACUUGGAAACCGAUGAAGCCAAAGUUCAAGAAUUAGUCGCUAUCAGCACACCCGUGUUCCGACGGUGCUCAAACUAUGAAUUCUACAACAUCUCUGAAACGAAUGCUUCACAUCUUUCCGUCGCUCCUGCCCAGCAACGCUCUGUGCCAGCUUUCCUAACACUGAAAAGAGCAGAAAGAACUUUCUUCAAGUUUUUGGCUCGCAUCUUAUCGCCUAGGGGUACGCCAGGCAGCACAAAAAGCGAUACUCCAACGUUAGAUCCCGGCUACUUCCCCUUAUCAUACAUUGAUUUAGAGCUAAGAAACUACACAUGUGCUGUGCAAGUACAACUCUCAGACCUCACCUCUGACGAUGUCGAUAUCGAGGAACUAGAAUUUGGCUGUGAUGCCUUCGAGAUCGUAGUGGAACCAAAGCAACUUAGUGCAGACUAUGCCGAGGACAUUAGCAAAAGCAUAUCUCGGGUGCGCAGGAGUACCGUCACGCCAAUCAUCUACCAUGUCAUGCCUAUAUCAACAAAUCCGAGCUACUCCGUAACAGCAUAUCUUGCUAGCUUAUGGCAUGGUCUGCGGAUGGCCCCAGAGUUCAUAACAGUCGAUCUGACCAUGGAUGAAGAGCUGAUACAGGCCGUUGUCGCAUCCAGGGGGUCUACAAAGAUCAUUGGCCACUUACACGCUGCAAUGGACUGGUAUGAUGUAUUUUGGCUGGAAAAAUAUGACACGGCAAUGCGGCUGGGGUGCAGUAUCGCACGCUUCACGCGCCCGGCCAACUUCAUGGACGACAAUGCGGCGAUCCAGUCGUUCCGAAAUACGAUCUACGCAAAGUCCCAGAGGAUACCAAUGAUAUGUUACAACACUGGCAGGGCAGGACGCCGCUCUGCUUGUUUCAAUCAGGUUCUCACACCAGUAAUUCCAGAGAAGCUGAGGAAUAGCGAUAACUUCAAAGAAAGAGCUCAGGAGAACCCGGAAACGUCAUGGCUUACUGUAACAGAAGCUACGCACAUAUUAUACGCUUCAUUCACCUACGAUCCAAUGAAAUUCUACAUCACAGGUGCAGCAACAGCUUACAGUCUAAGUCCAGCAAUGCACAACGCCGCGUACCGAGCCUGUGGGAUGCCACAUCACUUCGAGAGCAUAGAAACCAGGAAUCUAGGCGAGAUCAUUCAGAAGUUAAUCCUCCAACCGAAUUUCGGCGGCACAGCAGUGAGCCAGCCCUUCAAAGUCGACGCCAUCGCCCUCACCCACGCAGUCAGCCGCCACGCCCGCGCAAUAGGCGCCAUCAACACCCUCCUCCCAAUCCGCCAUCUGAACACAGAUGGCACCAUCCCCAACGCAGAAAGCUUCGAACUCUUCCAAGAACGCAACCAAUCUGGCCCCGUCAAAGCCCUCUUUGGCGACAACACAGACUGGAUCGGCAUCCGCUCCUGCAUCCGUCGCGGCCUCUCCCCCGCAAACGCCGUGCGACCCUCCAUCACCUCCGCCCUUGUCAUCGGCGCCGGCGGCAUGGCCCGCGCCGCAAUCUACGCCAUGUUGCAUCUCGGCAUCAAGAAUAUUGCCAUCUUCAACCGUACAAUCGCACACGCUGAAACGCUGGUUACGUACUUUACUCAAUUGGCAGCGAGUCCCGAGGCAGCAACGCUCUUUCCCUCUUUCGUACAAGAUACACAACCUACAUUCCGUAUCUUAUCUUCAAGAGACACAGCGUGGCCCCACGACUUCCGCCCCGCAACCGUCAUCGUAUCCUGCAUCCCCACGCACUCUGUCAAUGGCGAGCCAUCCCCAGAUUUCACGCUGCCGAAGCACUGGAUGCAGUCGCCAUCGGGAGGUGUGGUAAUCGAACUUGCGUAUCGCACGCUGAAUACGCCGUUGACGAGGCAGGUGCGGGGGGAGGCGGCAGCAUCAUCAUCGUGGAUUUGCCUUGAUGGUUUGGAUCUGUUGCCUGAACAGGGAUUUGCGCAGUUUGAGCUUUUUACGGGGAAGAGGGCGCCGAGGCGGAUUAUGAGGGAGGAGGUGUUGCGGUGUUGGACGGAUGAGAGGGGGAGGUCGAAUCCGGGGAUGGUGAGGACGAGGUUGGAGGCUAUGACUGAGCAGGAGCCUUGA